UCAACUGCAGCAGCAAUAGGUUCCCUGGCCGUGUAAUGACGUCAGGAGCGGCGGCCAUUUUCCCCUGGUCUGAGCUCCGCCUUCCUCCUAUCAUUCCAACAAGGCAGCAGGAGCAGAGAGCAGCCAUUGCUGUGUCUGGCAGCAGGAGGCGGAGUAUAUAGAGCAACACAGGGGUCUGUACAAGGCGAUGAUGAUGGAGAAUCUCCGGCCCCUCACAUCACUGGAUGGACCCAGUAACAGAGAUACCCCAGAGAGAUGUCCCCGUCCUCUGUAUUCCCAGGACUGUACAGAGGAGAAUCACAGAAUCCCACAGGAGGAUCAGGUAGAACGUCUGUCUAAUACUAAAAUACAAGAUAUAGAGGGAGAAAAAGAGACGUAUGUGACUGAUAUAAAGGCAGAAGAUAUAGAGGGAGAAGAGACGUAUGUGACUGAUAUAAAGGCAGAAGAUACAGAGGGAGUAGAAGAGACAUAUGUGACUGAUAUAAAGACAGAAGAUACAGAGGGAGAAGAAGAGACGUAUGUGACUGAUAUAAAGACAGAAGAUAUAGAGGGAGAAGAAGAGACGUAUGUGACUGAUAUAAAGGCAGAAGAUAUAGAGGGAGAAGAGACGUAUGUGACUGAUAUGAAGGUAGAAGAUAUAGAGGGAGAAGAAGAGACGUAUGUGACUGAUAUAAAGGCAGAAGAUAUAGAGGGAGAAGAAGAGACGUAUGUGACUGAUAUAAAGGUAGAAGAUAUAGAGGGAGAAGAAGAGACGUAUGUGACUGAUAUGAAGGCAGAAGAUAUAGAGGGAGAAGAAGAGGCGUAUGUGAGGGGUGAUCAGCAGUGUAAGGAGGAGGAGAUCCCUACAGAUAUCAGCACAGCAGAUGGACACACAAGCAAGAAUAUCUCAGAAGGACAUCUAAUGUUAUCCCCGGAUUGUGACAUAAAAGAUAAUGAUAGUAUACAGGAUUCUCCAGGAGAUAACCCCAUUACCCCAAUUAUACAUCCAGCUCUAUCAGCUGAUCCCUCUGAUCCUGGGAAAUGUUCUCCUGAUCACUCUGAUAUUGGUGCAUCUGUUACAGCUCUGACAGUAGAUACAGUGUUUCCGUGUUCUAUAGAUGCCAAAUGUUUUACACAGAACACAAAGCCUAUUAACCCACACACAGGUAAGGCAGGUGAAAGGCCAAUAAUAUGUUCUGAGUGUGGGAAAUGUUUUACAUACAUAUCAGAUCUUGUUAUACAUCAGAGAAGUCACACAGGUGAGAAGUCAUUUCCAUGUUCUGAGUGUGGGAAAUGUUUUGCAUGGAAAACACGUCUUGUUACACAUCAUAGAAGUCACAGAGGUGAGAAGCCAUUUCCAUGUUCUGAGUGUGGGAAAUGUUUUGCACACAAAUCAGCUCUUGUUAGACAUAACAGAAAUCUCACAGGUGAGAAGCCAUUUUCUUGCUCUGAGUGUGGGAAAUGUUUUGUACGUAAAUCACAUCUUGUUAUACAUUACAGAAGUCACACAGGUGAGAAGCCAUUUUCUUGCUCUGAAUGCGGGAAAUGUUUUACACAGAAAUCAGAUCUUAUUGCACAUCAACGAUCUCACACAGGUGAGAAGCCAUUUCCAUGUUCUGAGUGUGGGAAAUGUUUUACACAGAAAUCAGAUCUUAUUACACAUCAGCGAACUCACACAGGUGAGAAGCCAUUUCCAUGUUCUGAGUGUGGGAAAUGUUUUACACAGAAAUCAGAUCUUAUUACACAUCAGCGAACUCACACAGGUGAGAAGCCAUUUCCAUGUUCUGAGUGUGGGAAAUGUUUUGCACACAAAUCAGCUCUUGUUAGACAUAACCGAAAUCACACAGGUGAGAAGUCAUUUUCUUGCUCUGAGUGUGGGAAAUGUUUUGUACGUAAAUCACAUCUAGUUAUACAUUACAGAAGUCACACAGGUGAGAAGCCAUUUUCUUGCUCUGAAUGCGGGAAAUGUUUUACACAGAAAUCAGAUCUUGUUAGACAUCACAGAAGUCACACAGGUGAGAAGCCAUUUCUAUACUCUGAGAAAUAAAUCCGCUCUUGUUGCACACAAUAGACAUCACUCAGGUGAGGAACCAUUUUAAUCUUCUGGAGUAUACUUAUCAUUGCCAUGCGUUGUUCUUCAAGGUUCUUAUCCUAUCUCCUAUGCUUUUUGCAAUAUACAUGUUACCACUGAGCGAAAUAAUCAGAUGUCAUGCCCUCAUCUACCACUGCUAUGCAGAUGACCUGUCUUUUGCUCUGGGUACUGAGAACUCAGUACCAAUCCUAAAUAGUUGUCUAGCUGAGCUCCAGGUGUGGGUGAUGCCAGUUGGCUGUGACUCAGUCCUGGUGAAACAGGUCUUUAUGAUAGAAGCUCACCAACAAAGGGCAGGGCUACAGCUCAGCUUUGCUACCAGCCAGACUUACGCUUGGGGGUUCAGAGUUACAAAAUGCUGAUCAUGUGCGGAAUCUUGGUGUCCUGGAUGGUGGAGUGACACUUAGACAUCAGGUAUCAGCCACAAUCAUAUCCUCAUCUGAGGAACAUAGCCAGACUCCAGCACUUAUUUCCCUCAGAAGAUCUUCCUACAGUCAUACAUUCACUUGUAUCAUCACACAUAGACUACUGCAAUGUCCUCUACCUGGGUCUCCCAGCAAUAGAAUUGCACUGCUUGUAGCUUGUACAGAAUGCUGCAGCCAGGCUGUUACCUAACCGGCCCGUUCCUGCCACAUAACACCCAUUCUCUGCUCCCUUCACCAGCUGCCUGUAAAAUGGUGACUCUUUUACAUAAUCUUACUGACUCUCCCAGCCCUACAUGACCAGGGUCAGUGGUACCAGAAGCAGCUUCUGCCUCCUUACUGACUUACUGUAGGCCCCUAUUACAUAAUCUUACUGACUCUCCCAGCCCUACAUGACCAGGGUCCAUGGUACCAGAAGCAGCUUCUGCCUCCUUACUGACUUACUGUAGUCCCCUAUUACACAAUCUUACUGACUCUCCCAGCCCUACAUGACCAGGGUCCAAGGUACCAGAAGCAGCUUCUGCCUCCUUACUGACUUACUGUAGGCCCCUAUUACAUAAUCUUACUGACUCUCCCAGCCCUA